CUCUCCCUCCCUUAUAUCUCAAUCCACCGCUGCCCCAACCCUAGCCCAACCCAAUCCGCCGCCGUCCUCUUCUCCAGUCGCACCGGCGACCUCCAACCUCAUCGCCGGCAGCCCCUCCCCUCUCCUCCUAGAUCCACUCGGGCUACUCAUGUCGUGGCCAUCCUCUCUCUCCUCUCUCUCCACCGCACACCACUCCUCUCACUCCCCCAUGCAGCGAACCCUAGCGCUCCCCAAUCCAGAUCCCUCCCCUUCCCUCGCCGCCAUCCACCGCCGCUCGCCGCCGGCCUCGACCCCCUCCCUCGCCUGCCCUCUGAACACUGUCGCCUGCCAGAUCCACUGCAGCCCCCACCCUGGCCUCUCUCUCCCGUACUGCACGCCGCCGCCACACACGGCACCGCGCAACAAGGGGCUCGCAUCGCUCCGACCAGAUCCGAUUGGCGCCUCCCUGGCCUCGGAUCAGGCCUGCACGACCCGGGUGCCACCACGGCCACCACCGGGAGGCGUGGAUUCAUGCGUGCUCCGGUUGCGGGUUCGUGUCCUCAAGGUGCACAAGAGACCUCGUCUCCACUCCAAGGCCAUUCGUGCUGGCGUAGAUUGGCGUGAUCGCACACGUUGGCUGGACGGCGGCGACACUGACCUCCUCCGCCGGGUCUCCCAAGAGGCCGUGCAUCCUGCCGCGACCACCUCUACUGCGACGGUGGUGGCCGACCUGCAAUGCGACCGCUGCAUCGCCAGUAACCUCUUCGGAACCUCGGCUACUCCUCGUUUAUGUCCCCAAGUGGUAGGGUUCUCUGUUCACGGGGGUCACCAUCUAGGCAUGCUUGCUGCUUCACCAGAAUGCUGCAUUGUUCUUUAGCUGUCGAUUGUCUGUGUAGAUUGACUGUAUCGAGUUGAGGGCUUGAGGCAGGCUGUAGGUGAUUAGAACAACCACCUGUUAAGUAAGAUAGGCUGUAGUGUAUGCUCUGAACAUAAGCUUGUGCUGCUGCCAGUGUAGCGUAUGCUCUAAACACAAGAUCCUUUACUUGCUCUGGUUUGGUUAAGACUGAUGAUGCCGUGGAUAAGAAAACAAUUUAAAAGGUCUGUUGAAACAAGGUGGAAGCAUGUUCUUUCUUGCAACGUACCCUAAACCCCUAAACCCUUUUUAUUUGAACUUGUUAGUUAUGUUCUGGAGUCUGGAAUUUUUGAAUCAAUAUCUAUCUGAUUAAUGUAUGCCUUGUUUUGUUUUUUAGUUUGUUGCAAAACAUAUAUGUGGUGUAUCUGAUUAGAUAUGUUGUAAAAGAAUGCUUGUCUCUGACACUGUUAUUCUUAUGAUGAUAUAUGUGCCCAGUUUUGUGUGUUUUGAAUCAAUAUCUAUCCAAUUAAUUACUGACCAUGGUGAGCUCGCUUUGACCCUCUUUUGCUCCGUAGUGGUCCUGGUACAUGAAAAGCAGGUCCUUUUAAAUGUUUUGCUUCCUUGGUUGCAUUCUGCUGUACACUCAAAAAUAUUUUCAAUUUAGUGACAAGCAAACAAUAAAAUAGUCAAAAGGCUUUUAUUUAAUGUGCUUUUCGAAAAUGAAAAUGUGCUGUGAUGUUCUCCUCUUUCUGUUGACAUGUAUGUUGAGUAAUAUCAAGCCAUAAUUAUAGUCCCUCCAAGACAUGCUCAAAUGUAGUCACGUACAGAUUUGUGUGGCUGAGGUACAGUUUUAAGAUGAGAUACGUAUAUAUGGAACUCAUGUAAGGGAAUUAGAACUAGAGAAAUAUAUAUGUACGGGUACCUCGGCUAUUGGAAAUACCAACUAUACAAGCAUCUUUUUAAUUACUACGCAUCAUAUAGAUUCUGUAGUGUAUUAAUCUCACUGGGUAGAGUGCCCUACUUGCACACUUUUAUUGACUCGUUGGUUGCUGAUUACUUUCGAGCGAGUAGCACAUGUCUCAAGCAACUGUAGUAUUCCUUUCCCUGAAUUGCUCCCUUGUUUUGUUGUGGCCUUAUGCUCCAUGGUCAAUGAUGUGUGAUGUAUACAUAUUAAAACCAAAAUUGGAGUAGUUUCAGUUGUGCAUAUUAGAACUGAAUUAUGCUCUGUUUUGCUGUAGUUGUAUGCUCUUAUUGCUGAAUUGUUUAGUGGGUUGUACAAACUAAACUCGUCCAGUCAGUUUGCUAUGAUGUAUUGUAUAGUACUGUACUUAAGACGUCUUGUAGAAUUUGGGCCUGAGCACUCUGGAAUUUGGUUGUUGUUUGAGAUUAAUCUUUCCGAGCCAUUAGAGUGGGUUCAAGGAUGGAUCUGCCCAUUCAUUGUGCAGAGGAUCUUCUAAUUUACCACUUGUCUACUAGUACAUUAGUUAUCAUUACCUACAUGCUCCCUUCUCUGCAAAGUAAAGACUAAAGAGGUACCUUAACUUCACAAUCAAGUUAUGACAGCAGUUUGAUAUUCCUUUUGCUACCACAUGUCCUUUAGUCUUUCACUUUCUGAUGCUGCUUUCCUUCAUCAUGCAGGCACGCCCCGAUGCUCCCCUCGCUCUGGGCACCCAAUGCCAGGCAGGCUGUGGAUGCCCGGACCUCAACGCCGGCCGUGCUAAUCCAGCUGCUCCAUCCACGGCCAUGCUCAACUUCGCUCCUGUUCAGUUGCCGCAGGAUCUAAUGUUGUUUAGGUUGCUGCUGCUGUGACGGAAGACCAGAAGAGGCAUUGAGAUGCGCACCAUAGUUUUAGUUGAUGUUGCACCAUGUUCUGGUGCUUGUGUCUCUGUUUUUGCUUAUAAGCACACUUGUAUGUGCUUGUGUAUCGUGCUUGUGCAUCUGUUUUUGCUUGUUUAAGUUGAUGUUGGACGUGCGGACUUGUAUGUGCUGUUGUGUGUAUUUGGCUAAAUCAUUCUGAAUUUAAUCAUUUAAUCAAGAGAAUUAUUGAGUGUUUGCUGUUCAAA